AUGGAGAAGACUAUGAAGAGGAACACGUAUGAGAUCAACAUCCUCAAUAAUACAUACUCCAAUUUCAAAAAGAACUUUUUUAAACGGCAGUCCGAAAGGUUUGAUUGCGAAAGGGAAUUCGCCAUUGAACUUCAUCAAGAAGUUAUGGCUGGAGUGAGUUUGAUUCAAGGUCAAAUGCUUGAGUUCACCAAUUAUAUGAAUAGAGCCGAUGACGAGCGAAUGGAACACGCUGAUUCAUUCGCAAGACAAAUUCAAGCCGUUAAAAAUGCUGAAGUUGCUGCUAAUAAAAAGAAGAACCUCAUUUCCCUUGACGUUGAUAAUGUUAAAAAUGGGGAAGGAAGUUCAAGAGGCGGUGGAAGCAGUAGAGGAGGUGUUUCGACCGACACCAGAUCCAAGAGAAAACCAAUUGAUGAAGGAGGUUUCAGACCAACCAAAAGAGGUGGAGGUCGCAGCGGUGAUCAUGGUGGUGGAAGUGGUGGAAGCGGUGGAAGAGGUGGUCGCGGUGGCCGUUCUCUCCCUCCAUUUCAAAACCUCCUAUCUAGGGAAUGGUUUAAUUACCCAAUUGUGAAAAGGGAAGAACAAUAA